AUGUUUUCAUAAUUAAUUUUAUCUACACUACUAGGAAUAACUUAUUCUAACUGGACAAGAACCCCAUAAAUAAAAAUCGACAAUUUUAAUAAAUCUGAUUCAUCUGUAUCCAUUAACACUGAUAAUUAAUAUCGUUUAAAAUAUCCUAAUGCAUAUGAUAUAGAUGUGUAUUACCAAUAAGGGAUCAGUAAUUCAAAAAAUUUGACUGAUUAUGAAAAGAUAAAUAAUACUUAAUUAUUAGGAAAAGGAUGCUCAUAUUUUGAAAGGAAAAUAAAAGUCGAAGAUUAAAUACAAGUUCAACUUCCUGAUGAUGGUAAGUAUAUUUUUACUGAUUUGGCUGUUGUUGGAUUAUCAGCUUUCUUAUUAAGAAAUGAUAAUAAGAUUUUUAAAACAGAAGUGUUAUUUGAAGGGAAAUAAUUGAAAGUAUAACAAAUUUCAGUAUUUUUUUUAGACAAUCCAUAUUUAAUAGUAACAUUUAGAUAUCUCUGGGGACUUAAAAGUUAAUUAAUACAGGAAACCAAAGUUUUUAAAAAUUAAAGAAUAAUUAUUCAUAAUAUCAGAGAAUGGAGUUUUAAGCUUUAAUUCAAAAUAAUGGGUAAAUAAUACUCUUCCUAAUAUAACAAAAUAUUAAUUUGAUACAGUGAAAAAUAUUAAUCAAAUCCAUUAUGAUGAAUUUUCUAAUAGAAUUUUUGUUGUUGCUGGUAUUUAGGGAGUAAUUGUUUAUAAGUUUGAAAAUGAAGAGAUUAAAAAAGUUUACACUAUUAAUUUGGAUUAUAAUCUUAUAAAAGUUUAAACUAAAGAAAAUAAUCUGUUUAUUUUAGAUGAUAAAAAAGGAAUUCAUUUUGUAUCUUUGAAAGAAGAUAAUUUUAUAAUUGAUAGUAAUAAAAUUAAUUAAUAUAUUAGAGUUUUUCAUUCCAAUAGAAUAUCCAAUUUCCUUUGUUUACAAUAAUAAUUCAUUUUUAGUUGUUUCUCAGAAUGAAGAUAAUGUUAGAUUUGGAAUUGAAAUUUUGAUAAACUUUGCAAACUAUGAAUAUUAUUAUAACAAAUUCUAUUUAGAAGAUAUGUAAUUAAAAGAUGUGUAAGAAUCAGGAGAAUAUUAAUUUUUGAUUGGUUAUGAUGUACAUAAAUUAGUGAGAACAAACAUAUAUCGUGGAUUUGUUGACGAUAAUUUUUAUCAUGGAACAGAUAUUAUGAUACCUUUAUUAGAAAGAAUCUAAGAAUAUAAAGGUAUUAUAUAUGAAGAUUCAUACUCAAAAGUACAUUUCUCAUUAGGAAUAUCUCCUCAUUAUUUAUAUGGAUUAAGUAUUAGAGAAAGAUAUCCAGAAAUAUAUUGUUUUUCUGAAAAUUAGAUUGAAUAAAGUUAUAUCAUUAUGAUUAAUUAAACAUAGUGUAAAAAUGCAGAAAAUAAUCCAUUUAUUGUUUGUUAAGAAUAACAUUUUAUGAGUCUGUCAAUUAACGAAGAAUUUUUAGAUUUUUAAUCAUAAUUACUUAUUGAAGUAGUUUUAAUUUCAGGAUUUAUAAUUUUCAUUAUUUUUUUAUCAUUCAGCAUUAUUAUGUGUAGAAGAUGGAGAUUUUCAAUAGAAAACAUGAAGAAAAAAAAUAAAAAUUAUAUGAAUGUGUAAAUUUCAUGA